CGUGUGGAGUGACGUGAGGCCUCGCGAGAUGAGACUUCUGACGUCAGGAAUAGCUGUCCGGCUGGAGUCAAGGCGCUAGACGUUAACGGAGCUGCGGGACUUUUAAACAGCGAACCGGGUCUACUCUGCCGGCUGUGUUAAUAAAAUCGGAAAAGCGGAAAGCCAUCUGGGCGGUGGAUCUGUGAAAAUGGCUGGGGACUGACCUUACUUUGCUUAUGCAAGGAUACACAGCUUACACUGACAUACAUGAUUUUGAUAGGAUAAGGUUUUUCGAAUGAUUGGUGUUAAUUAUGGAUCCUGGUGGUGGUGGCCUAGGCCUGCAUGUAGAAGAAACCAAAAUACCCCAUGCCAUGAUCAUGCAGGACUUUGUGACUGGGAUGGCUGGCACCGCUCAUGUUGAUGGAGACCACAUUGUUGUUUCUGUUCCUGAAGCUGUCUUAGUCUCGGAAGUUAUCACAGAUGAUGACAUUGCACUGGAACAUGAUCUGUCAGAUGAAGUUGUUCAAGGUCCUGAUAUCAUCACAGAGGCUGAAAGUGUCAUUGUUCCCGAAUCAGUGCUGGAAACUAAUGUUGCCAUUGAGGAGGCUUUGGAUGACAGUCACCAUGUAUUGGAAUCAGACAUCAUUACUGAAACAGUCACAGUUCCUGAGCAAGUAUUUGUGGCUGACCUAGUCACAGACAGAGAUGGCCAGCUGGAACAUGUAGUCCAGGACUCUAUUCAUGGAUCCCACUCGCCCACAAUGGUUUCCCAAGAGGUCCUUGUAGCCAGUUGUCAUGCAGAUGCUGUUAUCCAAGUGCCCACCAUUCAAGCCUCAGCUUCAUCUGUAACUAUAAAGACUGAAGAUGAUGAAAUAAAAAACACCUCUGAAGAUUAUCUAAUGAUAUCAUUAGAUGAUGUCGGAGAGAAGUUGGAGCACCUUGGUAAUACUCCUCUUAAAAUCAGCACAGAGGUCUCUCAAGGUGAUAUGUCUAAGGAAGAUGGAUACGGCUCUGAAGUGAUUAAAAUUUACAUUUUUAAAGCGGAGGCUGAAGAUGAUGUGGAAAUAGGUGGUACGGAAAUUGUCACAGAAAGUGACUUUCAUAAUGGACAUCCUGUAGCCGGCGUGAUUGAACAAAAUAGCCUUGGCCGUAUGCAGCGGGAGAAGAUAGUUUACAUGGCAGUUAAAGAUUCUUCCCAAGAAGACGAAGAUAUUGGUUGUGCUGAAAUAGCCGAUGAAGUGUACAUGGAAGUCAUUGUAGGAGAAGAAGAAGCCUCUUCCCUUCCCGAUGCCCAAAACGAUGAUUCCGGCAUAAAUAAAACAUUUGUUCCUGUGGCCUGGGCAGCUGCUUAUGGUGAGGACCGAGACAUUCCAAGGAAGUAUGGGGACUGGCAGGAAUCUGGAAAUAACGUUGAAUCUCGGUUAGAGAACAAAAACAGUUCAGCAACCCAUUACCUCCAGAUCUGUGACAGCAUUGCUGCAAAUCGAGCACUUAAACAGAAAGCCAGAAAAAGGAAGCGAGGGGAUGCACGGCAGUGGCAAACCGCUGUCAUAAUAGGUCCAGACGGUCAGCCAUUAACCGUGUAUCCUUGUCACAUAUGUGGGAAAAAGUUUAAAUCCAGAGGGUUUUUGAAGAGGCACAUGAAGAAUCACCCAGAUCACAUGAUUAAAAAGAAGUAUCAGUGCACAGACUGUGAUUUCACAACCAACAAGAAAGUCAGUUUCCACAAUCACCUCGAGAGCCACAAACUGAGCAACAAGGGGGACAAAUCACACGAGUUUACAGAAUACACCAGGAGGUAUCGAGAGGCGAGUCCUUUGAGCUCUAACAAGCUGAUAUUGAGAGAUAAGGAGCCGAAACUGCACAAAUGCAAAUACUGUGACUAUGAGACGGCUGAGCAGGGACUCCUCAAUAGGCAUCUCCUAGCUGUCCAUAGCAAGAACUUUCCUCAUGUGUGUGUUGAAUGUGGCAAGGGAUUCCGCCAUCCCUCAGAGCUAAAGAAGCACAUGAGGACCCACACAGGAGAAAAACCGUAUUUGUGCCAUUUCUGCGAAUUCCGAUGUGCCGAUCAGUCAAAUUUAAAAACUCACAUUAAAAGCAGACAUGGCACAGAUUUGCCCUUCAAGUGCGAGCAGUGCCCACAGGCAUUCACCGACGAGAAGGAACUCCUGCGGCACACGGAGCUUUUUCAGGGCCACAAAACUCAUCAGUGCCCCCACUGCGACCACAAAAGCACCAACUCAAGUGACCUUAAACGGCAUGUUAUAUCUGUGCACACAAAGGAUUUCCCUCACAAAUGCGACGUUUGCGAGAAAGGAUUCCAUCGUCCUUCAGAACUCAAAAAACACAGUGAAACCCACAGAGGCAAAAAGAUACAUCAGUGCAGACACUGUGACCUUAAAACGUCCGACCCUUUUAUACUGAGCGGGCAUAUACUUUCUGUGCACACUAAGGACUUGCCCUUUAAAUGCAAAAAAUGCAAGAGAGGGUUCAGGAUUCAGCCUGAGCUUAAAAAGCACAUGAAAACCCACAGCGGCAAAAAGGUGUACCAGUGUCAGUAUUGUGAGUACAGCACUACAGACGCCUCCGGGUUCAAACGGCACGUCAUCUCUAUACACACAAAAGACUAUCCCCAUAGAUGUGAGUUUUGCAAAAAGGGAUUCCGUAGGCCGUCGGAAAAAAAUCAGCAUAUAACGAGGCACCAUAAAGAAGCGUUAAUGUAAUGUGCACUAUUGGUAGUCGAACUGAAGGGACAUCAGCUUGUUCCAAUGUCUGGUUUCUUACCAUUCAGUGUAAAAUAACAUAUUGGGGCACAGCAGGAUUAUGACAAUACACUACAGAGCAGAAAAAUCAUGAUUCUUUAAUGAACAGGCAUGGAACAGGUGUAUGUGAGCAGCGGACACAUGGACAUGUUAAAGGGCACCUAUCACAGCCAAAAUCAAACACAUAUUAACAUUCUGACCAGUACAAGCUAAACACGUUUAAUCAA